AUGGAUGCCAGCUCUCUUGUUCUCGCUGCCGAGGGCGACGUGAUAUUGGUCGUGGGUGAGAAACGACUUCACAUACAUGCGGACUCCCUCUUCCUUAAGAGGCAUUCGACGGUCUUUACAGCUCUAUUUGGCCCAAACUUUCGCGAAGGUCAAGAUUUGAAUACCUCAUCUCCAAAAGAGAUCACUCUGCUGGACGAUGACCCGUAUGCCAUGACGGCGGUCUGUGCAACAAUGUACCACGAUUUCGAUCACAUUCCGCGAAGCCCAACAAUAGACCAGGUUCUCAGCAUAAUCAGACUCGCGGAUAAAUACGAUUGUCUCGAUGUCCUUACCCUACCGUCCCAGGUCUAUGGCUGGCUCAAAUCCGAUCAUUUGACUCUUGACAAAGACCUAGUAAAUACUCUCGCCGUGUCGUAUUUGGUCAGAGAUCAGGAAGCGUUUAAAAAUGCGUCGGAAGCCUUAGUCUCGAACUACAAUGGAUCAUUUGCAGAUCUAGCUGAUGAUAUAAUUUGUGAUGUUCUGCCUUGGAAAAUAUUCUGCAGAUUGGAGGAGCUUCGGACCCGUAUACGAAUACUCGCAACCAGUAUCGCUUUACCGGUCAAACCCCAGGGGCCCUAUUCAUACACACUCCAUUCCGGAUGCUCUCAACUCACUGAAGAGAUUACACAAGAUUUCACUGACGGUCUGUUAAAUGUGGUGCGCAAGAGAGGAGAGGAGAGGAAUCGCGAGCGCUCGUAUACGACACUUCCGCAUCCGCCAGCAACUCCGCCGUCAGCAAUUGGGCCUUUGCUUGAGAAAUUACAGAGACUAGCGAAAACCUGUAAUGAAUGCAAGAAAGCUGUGGAAGCUUCCCAGCUAGACACAUUUUGCCUCAGUUUAGCAGGCAACAAUCUCAGACAGGUUGCUAUGUUACCCGAAUGGUAUUGGGGUUUGGAUUUGACCGAUUGA